AGACGGUGACGUCACUAGAGCGACGGAGGAGGACGGACCGGCUGGUAUUGUCGCCCACCUGUGUUUGGGAAAAGAGAGGAAGAAAAGGCAAACUUUAUAAUAGACAUGUAAUAUGGAGGACAUGGGCCCAGUUACACAGGAGCCUCCUAAGAUGGCAUAUAAGUGUGAAGAAGCAGACUCAGAAGAGGUGAGCAAUGAGGAGGAAGAGAAGAGUCACACACAACACACGGGCCUCCAUUUAACGAGUAACUUGGAGGAAAGACAUGUGGACAUGAAGGAAGAGGACUGUGAAUGGGAAUAUGUGCACCUUCCUCAGGACUGUCCUGGCAUUAAGGAUGAGGACUGUGAGUCUGAGGUGACAUUUGACAGCUGUGACAUGCAGGAAACUGAAAUGGUAAGCAGUGAGACAAAAGAAGACUUAAAACUGGAGUUUGUCUCCCAGGACGUGUGUUCAGAUGUCACUGGAUUAGGCCUCACUCUGAAGAGUCAGCACACCCUACAUCAUUGCUCUGUCCCUGUGAAGCCAGAAUAUUUGGAGUCUGACGUGACCAGGAUUGAGAAAGAAUUAAGUUCAUGUCCCUCUGAAGAAGAUUUACAAGAAAGUCACACAGUCUCUCCAUCAUUAUUUCCUCUUCACUGUAAGCCACGGGAAAAUGAAAACGUGAAAAAGUUGAAGUUUGGUGCAGAAGUUUUGUUGCCAGCCUCUUUGCCAUGUAGUUCUCUGCCUUUUGAAAAAUUAACUAGUACAAAUGCACUCAGUGCACAACAUCAGGUGUAUGAUACAGAUGUCACAGCUUCUAAACAGAAAUUUAAAACCAAACAUAAGUGGAGUCACACAAGGCAAAAAUCCUACUGCUGUACUGAAUGUAGCAAACAAUUCUCACAAGCUGACCACCUUCAGACUCACACAAGAAAUCACACUAGAGUGAACCUAUUUUGCUGUACUGAAUGUGGCAAAGAAUUCUUCACCAGUGGCGAUCUUCAAACCCACAAAAGAAUUCAUACUGGAGAGAAGCCAUAUUGCUGUUCUGAAUGUGACAGGCGAUUUUGUAACAAGAGCAGUCUUAAGAACCACACAAAAGUUCACACUGGAGAGAAGCCAUAUUGCUGUUCUGAAUGUGGCAAACGAUUCUCAAGGAACUGCAAUUUUCAGAUACAUGCAAGAAUUCAUACUGAAGAGAAGCCAUAUUCUUGUUCUGACUGUGGUAGGCAAUUCUCGCAAAAAGGGCAUGUUCAGAGCCACAUGAGAAUUCAUACUGGAGAGAAGCCAUAUUGCUGCUCUGAAUGCGGCAAAAAAUUCUCUAAUAAACGCAAUCUUCAAACCCACAGCAGAAUUCACACUGGGGAGAAGCCAUUUUGCUGUACUGAAUGUGGAAAACAAUUUUCUACAAGUAGCCAUCUUCAAUUCCACACACGAAUUCAUACUGGAGAGAAGCCAUACUGCUGUAUGGAAUGUGGCAAACUAUUCUCCAGGAGUAACAAUCUUAAUUCCCACAAGAGAAUUCACACUGGGGAGAAACCACAUUGCUGUCCAGAUUGUGGCAAACGAUUCUUCACCAGUAGUAAUCUUCAGAGCCACACAAGAAUUCAUACUGGAGAAAAGCGGUUCAGCUGUUCUGACUGUGGUAAAAGAUUCUUUGACAACUGUGGUCUUAAGAUCCAUAGAAGAAUUCACACUGGAGAGAAGCCAUAUUGCUGUUCUGAAUGUGGUAAACGAUUCUCUACAAGUAGCUAUCUUCAGACUCACAGAAGAGUUCAUACAGGAGAGAAGCCAUAUUGCUGUUCUGAAUGUGAUAAACGUUUCAGUACCAGUGGUGAUCUACAAACCCACAGACGGAUUCACACUGGUGAGAAACCAUAUUGCUGUUCUCAAUGUGACAAACGAUUCUGCACCAGUAGCAGUCUUAAGACACACUUUCGAAUCCACAGUGGAGAAAGUAAAUACAGAACUAAACAGCAAAACAUGACUGAACAGAAAAGGAAUGGAUUUAAAGUGGAACAUAAUCUGUCAUAAUGAGAUACUGGCAAAAACAAUGAAUGUUUUGAAGAAUUAAAGCAAAGCAUAGAAGCACAAAUGAGGUAAAGUGACAGCAGAAUCUUAAGUUAUACAAGCAACACAGUAAUCUCGAUAAUAUCAUCCCUGCUAUACAACAAGCAGAGACUAGAAAAUAAAACAUAGUAAAACAUUUCCUCACUACAAACCAAGAGUGAGGGCCUACCUA